UCAGCCGUGCAAGAGCUGAGAAACAAAUUUCCGGGCCAGGAUAUCUUAGUGGAAACGUUCCUGCCGGGCCGUGAACUAACCGUGAGCAUUCUAGGAACGGGUGAAGAUAGCCGCGAGUUGGAAUAUGCCAGCAGACGGAGCAAAUCCAGUAAAGCAAACCUGCUCGUCUGUCAAGAUCACGAUUUGACCCAUCCGCAAAUCCAAGCCGCCUGUAUCGUGUCUCUAGAUGCGUGGAAGCUCUUCGGCUGUCGGGAUGCCGGUCGUGUUGACAUUCGCUUUGACUCGAACGAAUCGGACGCUGUUCCAAACAUUUUGGAGGCUCAUAUCUUCGUUGCGCAGGUGAACCCGAUUUCCGGCUUGCUUCCGGUCCAUUCGCCACUGCCGGGUAGCGCCGAGAGCAAUGGUAUCUCGUACGCAGAGCUGUUGGAAGCCAUUAUUGAAAUUGCCCUCCGACGCUACGCUCCAACGGUUUUUGUCAACGGGAACUCAUGA